AUGGCAGACAAAAUUUUCCCAAAGCUGCCCGACGAGAGCGGGCAGCAGCAGCAGUCCGCGCAACAGCAUCCGCCUUUAAUCCCCCCCCCAGCCGACAUCCUCAGCGGCGCUGCUGCGGCGGCGGCGCAAGCGGCGGCGGCGGCAGCAGCCUCCGUUCCCCCUGUCCCCGCGCUCUCCUCCAUCUCCGCCUCCCUCGCCACCCUCGCGCGCGCCCGCAGCUCUUCCGCCUCCGCAUGGACCAGCAGUGCCGCUGGCGGAACGCCGGACGGCGGGGGGCGCGGCAGCGGCCGGUGGGCAAACGGGAUUGGCGGAGGCGGACUAGGCGGAGGUUGGGGGGGCGCACUGGGCGCGGGGGCGCUGGGGGGAAUCGGGUACAUCGGGGGAGUGUUCGGGGGCGGGGGAGGAGCGGGCAAGGCGGAGGGGGGAACAACUAUGGGCGGAAAAUUCUGGUCGUCCGCUGCCUCGGCCGCGGCUGCCGCCGUAAAUCACGCCGCAGGCAACGCUGACGGCGCCGGGAGCGGCAGCAACGACGGGGGCAACGCAGGAGGAGACGAGGCGAGCGGGAAGAGCGGCGGCAGCAGCGGGGGCGGGGGCGGGAGCGUGAAGGAAGGGGGGAAGGGGAAAGGUGGAAGCGAGGGCGGGAUGGGCAUUUUGGCGUUUGAGGUGGCGGCGGCAAUGCUGCGCGCAUUGGAGUUGUGGGAGCUGCUGGAUAUCAAACACAUGGGUCCUCUCAAACACACCCUCGCUGUACGCCCAGGGGAAAGGGCAUGGGCACGUGGAAGGGGGGAAGUGGGGAAGAGGAGAGGGGCAGUGGGGGCGGAGGGCGUGGUGAAGCUGAUAGCAGGAGACGAUGACUUGAGAUGGAAGCUCGCAGCCCACUCUUCCUCCCGCCCCUCUCUUCUCUCACUCGCCUUCACCUCGUUUCUCAACCUUCCCACUGUUACGUUACCAGCUGCCGUUCCGAGAGUCGAGAGUGCGCAUGUGAGCAGGAAGUAUUAUCGCAUAUGGAGUGCACAUGCCCCAUACUGUGUAUCCCUCACCCCCUUUCCCCCCCGGCUCAUUCCCUCGUUCCUUUAUUUCCUCACGCCCUCGUUUCGCCAUUCCCUCAUAACCUCACUCCCUCAUAACCUCAUGCCCUCAUUCCCUCAUUCCCUCAUGCCCUCAUGUCCCAUGCCCUCAUCCCGCAUCCCCGCAGGUCUAGAGCGGGCGCGAGAGCUGGGGGUGCUGGCGCGGAUAGUGUGCAUGCUGGGCAAGCGCUGCAGUGACGUGCGGCUGCACGGCCUGCCACAGCGCCUGGCGGACCUGCAGGCGCAGAGUGCCGGGCCCAACGCACUGCUCUUCCAUCCCAAGGAAGAGGCCUUCCUGCUCAAUUCGCACCCGCUGCGGCUGUCACGGAUGGUGCGGGAGGGGCUGGGAAGGUCUGGCAGCCUGGGCGUGGGGGCGCUCUCACAGGACCGCAUUCAGGGCCAGGUGGGUGCAGGGAAGGUGGGUGCAUGGCAGGUGGGCGCAUGGCAGGUGGGUGCAUGGCAGGUGGGCGCAUGGCAGGUGGGUGCAUGGCAGGUGGGUGCAUGGCAGGUGGGUGCAUGGCAGGUGGGUGCAUGGCAGGUGGGUGCAUGGCAGGUGGGUGCAUGGCAGGUGGGUGCAUGGCAGGUGGGAGGGGGAAGCGUGGAGCAGAGUGGGGAGAGGAGCUCCCAAAUUGUUAUGAAGCUAGUGGAGCGGUUGCAGAAGGAGUCACUAUGGUGUGAAGACUUUGACAAGUCCGUUCUGCUGCUAGCAGCAGCAGUGGUGAUCCUAUCGCGCCGCCUGCGUCUGCUAUUCGGCUCCCCCGAGGUGGACGCGCAGCACACGGCGCACACGCUGGGGGAGAGGGGCCUCGCACUGCACUACGCGCACACGCUGCUGCUCGUGGAGCGCAUUGUCAACAAGCCCACUGCGCUGCUGCGCGUGCAGAGGGACGACCUAUACCGGCGGUUACCCGGCAACGUGAAGCACCAGCUGCGCGUGCGGCUGAACCAGCGCACGCGCCCCUUUGACAUCGAGGCAGCGGCGGAGAUCCGGCGCACGUUAGAGUACAUGCUGGGGUGGCUGCUGCCCAUGGCGCACUCCACCAUCACGUGGCAGACGGAGCACAGCUAUGGGUGUCAUUUGAGUAAACGCCACCGCACGCUGCAAGUGCAGACGCUGUACUAUGCGGACAAGGACCGGUUUGAGGUGUGUCUGGUGGAGCUAUUGGUGGGUUUGAGCUACAUCUCGCGCCCUCCCGGGCUCACCAACCUGCAGCCCGGGGAAGAGGGCCCCUGGCGCCUCUGGCUCACCUCUGGCGGACACAUUCCCCCUGUUGGCGCGGAUGGGCGCGUGGGGAAGGACAGGGGGCGCGGGAGGGGGGAGGGGCGGGGGAGAGGGGAGGGGAGAGGGAGAGGGGAUGGGAGGGGGCGAGGGGAGGGGCGAGGGAGAGGUGGGGUUGGGAGGGGGAGAGGGAGAGGGGUGGAGGGGAGAGGGAGAGGGGAGGGGAGAGGGAGGGGGGUGGACGGGAGUGGGAGGGGAGGGGAAGGGAGGGGGAUGGGGGGAGAUGAGCGAGGCCGGAUAAGGGAGGAGAGGGAGUGGGGAGGAGAAGGGAGAGGGGCGAGUAGCAGUGGUGGGGAGAAGAGAGGGGUGCAGGGGGAGGAGAAAGGGGCGGAGGGGAGGGAGGGAGGUGAGAGGCAAGUGGGAGGGAGCGGGAUGGAAGGUGGGGGUACUAGAAGCGGAAGAAAGGAAGACAGUGGAAACAGUGGUGGUGCUGAUGGUGCCACGAGUGCGGCGGGGCAUGUGGGGUGCGACGGCGAGGGUGGCAGGUCAGGUGUAGAGGGAUCAGCGGAUAGGCCAGGAGGCACUGCUGUGCCGGGAGGGAUGGUGGGAGAGGGAGCAGUGGGAAGGGGAGCAGGGGGAGGGGGGCAAGGUGCAGAGGCAACGCAGCAAGGUGACAGAGGAGGCGGUGGGGGGGACGGCGAUGGGGAUGGGCAUGGGCUUGAGGGUAGGAGCAUGGGGUGUGCUGUAGGGGCAGGGGCGUGUGCAGAGGGGGGUGGAGGUGGGGAGAGGGAGGGGCAGGGGUCAGGGGCAGGUGCGGCAUGUGGGGAGGGGGUGGGGAGAGCAGCAGGGGGGGGUGGAGGAGGGGAAGCAGCAGGGGCAGAAGCGAGGGCAGGUGGGGAAGUUGCAGAUCAUGCCACCCCUGGAGGUGAUGCUGCUGCUGCUGAUGCCGAUGCAGGCGCUGAUGGCAAUGCUGGUGAUGAAGGUGGUUGUGAAAAGCAGCUUGGGGUUAUUGCUGCUGUUGCAGCAGCCACGGCACCGACUGCUAUAGUCACUGAAUCAUCUGCACCAGUAGCAGCAGCAGCAGCAGCAGCACGAGGAGCAGCGUCACAGCAGGGUGCAGCGGGUGGGGAGGCAGAGGAUUCAAGUGCGUCGGAAGGGGAGGGGCUGUCAAGCGGAAGAGCGGGUGAGCAAGAAGCCGGUGCAAGGGGGGUGGGAGGAGAGGGAAGAACUGGUGGUGACGUGGGGCCCGGGGGGGUUGCUGGGUCACCUCCAGACACACACAGUGUUGGAGGGGAGUGUGGGAAGGAGAGGCAAGGGGGUGGAGCGUCGAGCAAGACCGAGGAGGGAGGCGAUAGGGACGGGAGUGAGGAGAAGGGUGGCUAG